AUGACGCUGCUGAUUCAUCCUCCGCGAUCUUGCUGCGAUUAUCGGAGACAAAUGUUGAAACUGACGAGCACCAACAAUGGCUGCUCAUGGCUGCUAGUGAGACACUUCUCUAGAAUUCGUCCCCCAAAACCCGUUUCUGCUGAUAAAGUAAUCAGAGUUUCAAACAACGUCGCUAGCUUGGAUCUACCUAAACAACCUCUCAAACCCAGACAGUUACUGUCACUCCCUCCUUUUCCUCAACACACUCACCGUUUUACUGCUGUCAACUGGAUUAAGCAUUACUUCAAGGGCACUUCAGGUUCCAUCGUCGAGUCUCACUUCAGACAAGGUCUUGUGCAAAUGGAUGACCAAAUGCGAAAGAUUAGACCUAAUGAUGUGAUGAAACCCGGUGCUAGGGUUUAUGUUCCGGUAUCAAUUGCUGAAACUAGGAUUUCCAAAAGAUAUGAUGCUAUACCAAGUGGAACACUGUAUCCAAAUGCUGAUGAAAUUAAGUAUCUACAGAGGCUUGUCAUGUAUAAAGACUCUGCGAUUAUUUUGCUGAAUAAACCUCCAAAAUUGCCGGUUAAGGGGAAUCUUCCAAUUCAUAAUAGUAUGGAUGGAUUGGCAGCUGCAGCACUGUCCUAUGAUUAUGACGAGGGUCCUAAACUGGUGCACCGUCUUGACAGAGAGAGCAGUGGCAUCCUUUUACUGGGGAGAACAAAAAAUAGUGUAUCUCACCUUCAAUGGUUAUUCAGUAACAUAAAUAAUGCAAAAUCUUCUUGUAAGGCAUGGAAUGAUGCAUGUGAAGCUACAUAUCAAAGAUAUUGGGCAUUGGUCAUAGGGACUCCCAAGGAGAAGGAAGGCAUAAUCCAUGCUCCUCUUUCUAAGGUGCUUAUAAAUGAUGGGAAGACUGAGAGGGUAAUGUUAGCUCAUCAUUCGAGUAUAGAACCUCACCAAGAGGCUGUAACUGAGUAUCGGGUGCUUGGUCCAAAGAUAAAUGGAUGCUCAUGGGUUGAGCUGCGUCCACUAACUUAUCGCAAGCAUCAGUUGCGUGUCCAUUGUGCUGAAGCUCUUGGAACACCGAUAGUAGGUGACUAUAAGUACGGGUGGUUUGUGCACAGCCGAUGGAAACAAAUGGCACGAGUUGAUGUCGACCCAACAACGGGAAAGCCAUACAAGUUGCGGAGACCAGAAGGUCUAGAUGUUCAGAAGGGAAGCGUUUUAUCUAAGGUUCCUCUAUUGCAUCUCCACUGCAGAGAACUUGCACUCCCCAAUGUUGCUAAGUUUCUUCAUGUUUUAGAAAAGAGUUCAGAAGAACCUGACCCUUCACUUUCCCUGCAGCAUGAUGUACUUCGCUUUGUAGCAGCAAUGCCUAAUCAUAUGAGAAUUAGUUGGAAUCUUAUGUCAUCCUAUUUAGUUUAA